GAUUUGAAAUUAACGGAAGAAGGACGUCAACUUAUAUUCAAGGGCUCCUUAAAAAGAUCUAAUGAAUCAUCCGACCUACAAGUAUUUCUAUUUGACCAUGCUUUAUUAAUGGUGAAAGUUAAAAUCGUAAAUAAAGUUGAACAAUAUAAAAUUUAUCGUAGGCCAAUUCCUAUUGAAUUAUUGAAAGUUUCUACAGAAGAGAGUCAUUCUGAAAGUAGCCAGAAGCGAACACAGUCGAUCUUGCCGGGAAAAUCACCGACAACUAACCGUGGAAGCAUUAAUCAUAGAUAUCCAUUAACUUUUAGUUGUCUUGGAAAAAAAGGUUUUACAGAAAAUUUAUAUGCAUUGACGAUGGUAAGUCGUAAAAGGUGGAUCGAUCUUAUAUCAGAACAAAAAGAGGUCAUCGAUAAAAACAAAUCGUUUGAGAAAACUAUUUUGAUAGAAAAAGGUCAAUUUUCCGGAGCAAACAAGAUUAACUGUGCUGCUUUUUAUGAUAAUUAUCGAAAUCUAAUAAUUGGAACGGACUCUGGUGUAUAUGUGAUCGAAAUUGGUCAAAGACAAAAUCCAGCUUUAGUGUUACAAGUAGAAAAGGUUUCUCAAAUUGAAAUAUUAGAAGAACAUCAGCUAUUAUUAGUAUUAGCCG